AAAAUUUUCACCAUUCCUCAUCCAACGCUAAAUAGUCAUUUCUCUCAGUCUUACGACGAUAAACGACAGUGUUGGGACUCUGGUGCCAACAUUGUGCUAGUGCAAAACACUGACAGUAAUUUCGCGUUGCAGGACCGCAUAUAUAAAACAAGCACCAUUGAGGGAGGCAGCAGUACCGGUGACCCAAGCAUCGGAGGCAGCAAUUUAAAGCUAGCAAUAACGGCUAAUCAAGACGAUACUGAGUGUUUUAACGAGAGCUUCAAUAAUCGAGGAGGAGGAGGCGGUGGCCAAUCCCCGCCGACACCUACUGUCGGUAAAACCUUGCUGAACACCAGCGCAAAUCUUUUGCCGAUAACCACAGCAUCGGAUACGUUCAAUAAUUUGAAGAACUUGUUGAAGAUAGACAAGGGCUCGUCGCCAACCAGCAACGGUAACGCAAGCGGCAACCAUCAAGGCGGCAGCGGCGGUAAUCGCUCCAAAGAAGUCGGUGGAGGCAGCGGCGUUUACAAGCGUUCGCCCAACUCAGGCGACAGCGUUCGCAAUAGUUUGAACGGCGGCGGCAGCAGCAACAGAUCUGGAGCACCAGGCGCUUCGGGACACUUUUCCUCUGGUUAUAGUAAGAAUUCCGCCAAAAUUCGUCAACACGAUUCAGAAGUAAGCCCACGGCCUCGGCGAUCUUUCCAGAACGAUUCGUCGUCGUCGCGUUACUAUAACAAAAAUAGUGACAUUUUGGGAGGCUCACAAGCUGGAGGUUUAGGCAGCACUAACAACUCCAAUUCUGGAGGCAAUCCGUACAGUGGCAGCAACAGCAGUGGCGGCCCUGGCGGACGUGGCGGUGGUUCAUUGAACGCUAACAACAAUAGCAGCGGUGCAUACCACAAUUCCCAUUCGGAGGGCAAUAGCGGACGACGCAAUUAUCAACCACACAACUCCGAUGGCGGCGGUUAUUCGCGUAAUUUGAAUUCGGGAGGCUCGGGCAGCGGAUACCGCUCUCAACGCUACGAAAACGGCAAUGGAAACGGACAACAGCGUCAGUACGGUUCUUCAACUAACGCUGGCUACAACAACAACUAUCAUAACAACUACAACAAUAACAAAUCAUACGGACCACGAUCAUCCGCCAAUGAUGGCAAUGUAAACAGUUAUCGUUCAUCCCAUCAACGAGAGCGAGGCGACCGAGAGAGAGAUCGCGAUCGUGACGAUUACGGCGGCAUAAACGGUAGUAGCAGCAGCAGCAACAAUUAUCGUGACUACGACGAUUCUCCCAGAGGUGUUGGGGGAGGGGGUGGUAGAGUAAGUGGCGGUGGACGCUACACCAACGGAACAUCUGGCGGCGAACGCAAUAUAACAGCCAACGGUUCAUCUGGAAGCAAUACAAAUAGCCUAGAGCGUCGUUUGCCACCUUCUGCUUUGCGCUCGUCGGGCAUUGAGAGAGGUGAGAGGGGCGGCAGCUCUUCAUACAACCAUCGUGAGCGAGAUCGUUCACUGAACAAUCGCUCACCGCCCGUGCGAGGCGGAGAUAGAGAUCGCGGAGAUCGUGAUGCAUUGGGCGGAAGACAAGACCUCUCAUCCGGACAUUCAUCGAACGUAAAUUCUUCAUCAUCUUCGCGCGGCAUAUCGCCAAAUUCUGGUGUCGGUACAUCCGCUUUAACAGCUGGUGUAUCAAGUCAACAACCCACACCGGCUGCAACUCCUCCACCGUCAGCUGGUCGUUGGGUGCCGCCAUCACUGCGUCCUCAACAUGGACUUACUCAAGCCGAAAAGAAUGAUGCUGUUUUCAGAAGGGUCCGUGGUAUUCUUAACAAAUUGACUCCAGAAAAAUUCCAAGAACUUAGCGACGAACUAUUAAAACUCGACUUAAAUUCAAUUGCAAUUUUGAACGGUGUUAUUCUGUUGAUUUUCGAUAAGGCUUUGGAUGAGCCCAAGUACUCGUCUAUGUAUGCACAGCUGUGCAAGCGUCUAUCACAAGAAGCCCCAUCAUUUGAGAAGGAACCAGGUGGUUUAAGCACAUUCUUACGUUUACUCAUUGCCGUUUGCCGCGACAAAUUCAACAAUCGUCAGAAGCGUGACGACGAAGGAGGAGAUUCCCAAUUCAAUAAGGUACAUCGUCCCCAAGCAGUGGCCGAUAAUGAAGCUGAUGAAGAGGAGCGCCGCCAUUUGGCCAAACAGCGCAUGCUGGGCAACGUCAAGUUCAUUGGAGAACUACACAAAUUGGACAUGUUGGCCAAGAACGUCUUGCAUCAGUGCAUCUGUGAACUUUUGGACAAGAAGAACAAGCGCACGGCCACGAAGGAAGAGCUGUGUGAGGACAUGGAGUGCUUGGCACAGUUGCUCAAGACGUGCGGCAAGAACCUGGAUUCAGAACAGGGCGAAGAGCUGAUGAACCAGGUCAUGAACAAAUUGGAACGACGAUCGAAAUCAACUGAUUAUCCACCCAGAAUACGAUUCCUCUUGAAAGACGUAAUCGAAUUGCGGGAAAACAAUUGGGUACCUCGCAAAGUGGGCACCGCUGAGGGUCCAGUGCCAAUCAAGCAAAUACGCACCGAUGAUGAGCCCAUUAUUCGAACACCAUUCGCUAACCGCAAUCGUGAAAUGCGUAACAAUCGUGAUGACCGCGACAACGACAGUUGGAUGGGUCGCUUAUCUUUGAAUUUACAACCGGGAGGUUUGAAUGACAUGUUCUCGGGUCUGAGUGUUACAGGAGCAUCGCCAAUUAUAUCACCAUUUACUACACCGGUGGCCAACAACAGACAGUAUAAUUCCAACAAUCGGGAUCGCAACCCACAGGGAAGUGGCAACUACAGCAGCAAUCGUUACAAUAAGCAUAACCAACAAAAUGGUCCCGGAACCGGUGGUGGUGGCAAUCGCGAAGAUCGCCCCCACAAUCGUGAUAGAGGUGACAGAGAUCGCGAUCAAUCAGGCCAAUACCCAUAUGCUGGCGCAAAUCCACUGAACAAGGAAUUGGCACCGCGCUUCAAACGCAAUAUCAUACCACCCAAUCAAGAUUCCGUAGAAAACUUGCAAAUGAGACCAGCUGCCAAUUCGCUACUCUUCAAGGCAGCCUCACAGAAUCAAAAGCUUCCAUCGAUGUUGCCGAUGUCCACACCACCCUUGUCGAACAGCAGUAACACUCCGCUGUCGGGAGGUCUUGGCAGACUGGGUGCUGGCAACAAGGAUAUGCAAUUAUCCAAUGCCCAGUAUCCACUUUUGGGAACACCAACAACACAUCUCACAUCCAACCAACAACAACAGCAGCACCAACAAAAUUCAAGACCAUCUUCCACACCAUCGGCUGAGGCCGAAUACAAAACUGGCAUCAGCAAUGAGAAGACACUGAAAAGUACCUCAUCAAAUCCAGACUUUGCCAAGAACUCUUCUAACUUUGGCUCCUCAUCUGGUAGCCAGAGAAAUUCAGAAGCAGUCGGCGGCAUUGAUCAGAAUGAAGAUGAGAGGAAGUCUCGCUUGAAUACGCCCACUUCACAGCUAGUGACCAAACAGGGUUCAACGGAGAAAUCGGGUGCUAAUGCUGUUGCUAGCGGCGGUUCGGCUGCUAAACAACAGAAGAAGGAUAAGGCUUUCAACAAAGAUGAGGUGCUCAAGAAAACUGCCAGCUACAUCAAGGAUAAGUUCUUCUAUGCAAAGGAAGAGAGCGCCGAAGAGGAAGACAGGAAAUUGGCUGAAGUUGUUGAGGGUUUCUUGGAAUUAAAGGUUCCAGAAAAAUGUAUGAAGGAUGUUUGCAUCAACAGCAUUCUGGAUGUCUUGGAGAAGGCUGACGAUCACUAUUUGGAAAGAGUUCUGAAAUUCCUGCAAAGUCUGAAGAAGCAGACCAACCUGAAGAACAACAUCAUUUUGGAAGUGUUUAAACAAGUAGUUAAGAAGAUGAAUGAGCGCGAAGCCUUGAAUCCCCGCAUAACUACCUUUGUGGCAAUUCUGCUGGCCAAGGGCACCGUUGGUGGUGAAUCGUCGGCACUCUUAAAGCUCAGCGACAUUGCAAAUUACACCGACAAUGGUCAGCAUUACCCAUUGUUUUUGUUGGUGCUGCAACAGUUGUGUAAACUGAUCGGCAAGGAUCCCCUGGAAGAAAUAUUCCGCGCUAGUAAAAUUGAUUUGAUGAACUGUUUGCCAGAGGUUGAUCGCAACAAGACACGUUUGGCUGAGAUACUAGAAGAUCGCUCAUUGACCUUCCUCUAUCCGCUGCUAAAGGUUCAGGCCGAAAUGAGCAAACAGCUGAACUCCAAUCCCGAUCCCACAGCUUUCUACAAGUGGAUAAAGAGCAAUGUCGAAUCGAAAUACUAUCAAGAGGAAGGUUUUAUCAGUGCUCUCAUGACAGUUGUUGUCAAAUAUGUAACAUCAAAAACCAGUUUCCCUGAAGGAACAGACGUCAAAGUUUGUCCCGACAAGGCAACCAUUCAAAAAGAAGAAAGUCUGUUUGAAAACUACUGCCAAAUCCUUAAGUCGUUCUUGGGUCACAGCACUGAGUUGCAGCUAUUGGCCAUCUAUGCUCUGCAAGUAUUCUGUGUAAAUGAGAACUUCCCCAAAGGUAUGUUGUGCCGUUGGUUCAUAUAUCUCUAUGAUGCCGAAGUCAUUGACGAAGAAACCUUUAUUAAGUGGAAAGAAGAAAUAUCUGACAAGUAUCCUGGAAAGGGUGCAGCUUUAUUCCAGGUUAAUAACUGGUUGACUUGGUUGCAGGAGGCCGAAUCUGAGGAUGAUGAAGACUAAAUAAGAGCCAACCAAGUUGAACGCAAACUACAUGAGAGAAAUUAUUGAGAAAAAGAUUCUUAGAUUUUAAAGCCAAUUAUUUUUAAACUCUACCACCCUCUAAUCAAGUCCUUUUUCUUCUUCUCCAAAUGCAAAUCGCAAUACAAGGCUUCGGUUUACAACAGUUAUGCUGUUCCUCUUCACAAAGUAAAAUUAUGUUAGUAAAAUUACAAUGAUUAUUCAAAUGUCCCCAGCAAGCCAACCCCCUCACCAUAUUCUCUCUCGCUCCAAAUCGCCCCCCAAAUAGUAGUCGACACUAUAGACCCCGCCCCCAACCCUUCUUUUAAUUUUAAUCUAUAACGUCUUUUUUUAUUUUUAUUACCGUAACUUAAAAACCAAUUGACAAAAUCUAGCAAAAAAUAUAUUAAUUGUGAGAAAAAAAAUUCAAUCCUCGAAAUUUAUAUUAAAAGAACAAAUGUGGAUUCAAUUGAAAACCAAUAACAAAUUAAAAAAAAAUAGUAAAAACAAAUAUUGUAAUUCCAUUAAAUAUUAAAACAAAAAUAAUAAAAACAAACAAAUAUAAAAAGUAAAAAUAAAGCGAAAAUAACAGCUAAUCGCAAAA